AUGGUGGGUCCAUCUCCCCUCGCAGGUGAUGAAGUUCCAGCAGUGGUUCAAGAUGUUCUGAAAACCUAUGUUGCCCGGUCGGCAGACGCGGCCAUCCAACAGGCCAAAGGUGCUGGAGAUGUGGCAGUUUUGGGAAAAGAGAAAAUCAUAUUACAACAGCUAGGCAGUGUUCAUCCAACUCCUACGCGGCUGAGACGGAAAAGGAAAAAACCAAUCCUUCACCCAAUGCUGAGCAUCUGCGAUAUGGCAAAAUUUCUUUUGGAUUCAGAACGGUAUUCGGAAAAACUCCUUAACCAUCCGGUUUCAAGGGAAAGCGAUUGGACUGAAGAGUUGGUUAAGUUUUGGGAGAAAUGGCGAUGCUUGGAGCCCAACAACGAAGUCUUCAAAACCCAUUCAAAUGAGCUUGGUCAUUGUAUCCCUUGCAUGUUGCAUGGGGAUGAGGGGACUGGCCACCGUCGAAAACCAGUUCUUCAGCUCUCUUGGGGUUCGCUGCUACGGGUUGGAAAAAAUGCCUUGGAGAGAAUGUUUCUGAUUACCUCAUGUGCGCACAAAAUGUAUUCCAGGUUCAACAAGGGCUCUGUGGCUGGCAACAUUGUCAUUGACAAACUUUUGGAAGAGUGUGCAAAGUCUGCUUUCAAGGCUCACUCUGAUGGCAUUCAAACACGUUCUGGGCAAAGGUUUUUCCUGAUUUUUCUGGGUUUGGCUGGGGACCAUCCUUUUCAGACUAAAGCUUACAGGGCAACACGUGGACAUCUCAAAAAGGACAUUUGUCCCCAUUGUCAUGCAAACACUUACAGUGUGCCUUUCGAAGAUAUGUCUAGACAGGCAUUGUGGCGGGCAACAGUUUUCCAAUCGGUGCCGUGGAAGCGGGAUGUGGCCCCACCGCUGGCUUUGAUACCUGGAUCUAGCCACCCUGGUUUCAUACGUUGGGACUUGAUGCAUAUGUUGCCUCAUGGUUGCGCUAGAAAUUUUGCAGCUUCGAUUAUCUGUAUGCUGGCGGGGCCCAUGGAUAUUUUUGUGCCAAACAGUUUGGACGGCCGAGUUCGAAACAGCAAGGAACAUAGGCUUGAUGAAGCUUACACCCAUUUCCAAAGUUGGCUUGAUUGCAAGCAGAAACAUGUGCGAGAUAUGAAGGAGUUUACUGUCGACAACUUGGGCUGGAAACAAAACAGAGAUUACCCUGAAAUGACUUGCAAGGCGUCAGAUUGCAAUCUUAUCAUUCAAUGGUUGAUAGAUUUUCUCACAUCUGUACCUUUUGUGCUGUGCUGGGUGCUUCAAACAACCUUGGCUGGCCUUGAGGGUGUUGACGAGUUCAUGCGUUUGGCCUACACUGGUGACCGAAUUUUUUGGUGCCGUGAAAAACAACGCCGUGGCAAAUGUUGUUUGGGAACGUUUCUACAUGCCUACGUGGAGUUGCAGCUUUACUGGCAUAAGCGCAAUUGGACAUUGUUCAAAAUAGUUCCAAAGUCGCAUUUCUCAGCACAUUGGCAUGAAGAACUGGCAGAAGCAUUGGCAAAGGGUCAGGAGUUGGCUCUUAGCCCUGGUGCUUUCGCAACUCCGAUUCUUGAAGACUUCAUUGGUGUCGUUUCUCGCAUAUCGCGUACCGCACAUCCCAGCAGUGUUUCGCGCACAACCAUUCACAAGUAUUUGGUUGAGAUCCGCAAAGUAUGGGCACAGAGCUCAGGCAAAUAG